AUCAUUUUAAAAAAUGAAUCCCAUUUUGAAAUCAAAUAGCUAGUCGAUUUUCAAAAAGGCUAAUUUUUACUAUUUAAGAAUAUCGAAUCUCUCGUAUGAAGAGACAUUCAAACUUUUAUUCAUACUUUUAGCAUGUAAUUCUACUACUCUAUUAAUAUUAGCUAUUCUUUCUUUUUUUAUCUUUGAUGCCUUGCGUUUUAGAUAGUACUUAAUUAUGGUUGAUAUUCCUGUGAUUUCUUAUUCAAGUUUUAGUAUCAUGUUAUUGGGAUUAAUCAUUGUUCAUGUAAUAGGAUUAUUAAUUUUUAGUACUUAAAGUGGUCUGUCAAUUACCUUUGUUAAGAUUUUGUGUAUAGGACAAUCUCAACUUAGUAUUCAGGAGAAUUUAGAGAUGUGAGAGUAAAGAAAAUUUUAAAAUGGUUAUUUGAUGGAGUAUACUAUUCAACAACAUCUGUAUAUAUAAUUGAUUUGAUUAUUUUAGAUACUUUGUUGGUACUUCUUUCAUGAAGAGCCUUGGUAUCCAAAUGGAUUAGGUGGUACUAAUUAUACAAGUAUUUGGUAAAAUUUUCCAAAUAUGAUCAAUGUAACAGUUCUUGUAAUUUUGUUAGAACAAAUGGGUGAUCCCUUUUUAUAUGAUUUAAACAGCAAAUCAUUUAUAUGCCUUGAUCCACUUGGCUAUAAAGAGAAAGGAAGUCGAAACAAAAUAUUGGGAAUAUAUGUUACAUCACACACUUGCAACUUGUUUACUCAUCUUCUCUGCCCUCUAUAAUCAAUGUAAUAAUAUCCUAUUUAUGUUUUAGUUCGAUUUGGAAUUGUUGUAUUGGGUAUUCAUGAUAUUGCUGAUAUCAUUUUAUCUCUCUCAAGAGCUUAACAUGACUUAAAAUCUAUCAAAUUUCUUAUGUAUCUCUAAUACGUAUUACUUUUAUUCACAUGGAUUUAUACUAGAGUUAUUAUAUUUCCUUAAAUCAUUUUAGAAGCUAUUAUGCACUAUCAAGAUUAGUAAAAAAUUUAUUCUAAUCUAUCUAGUCCUGAAGCAGCUUGGGGAAACAAGUACCUAAUUGUUUAGAUGUGCAUCUUAUUAGGAAUGCAUCUCUAUUGGACCUACUUUAUGAUGUAAAUCGGAGUUAAUGUUUUUAAGAAAGGCAAAAAGUAUGAAGAAAUCAAUACAUAUGACAAUAAAGAAAUUCUUAAAUAAGGAAGAAAUUGA